AUGCGACGGAGUCAGGACAAUGAGACCACCAAUCCCGACUCCCGCGAACCGCUGCUCAGAUCUUCUACCGAAGCAGCACUCGCCGAUCAGGUCACACAACCUCAUGCACCCCGUCCAGGAUCAGGAUCCAUCUUCCACACAAGCCCCAUAAUCCACUUCCUGACCCUCUCGGCCGGAAUCUCCGGCCUGCUCUUUGGCUACGACACGGGCGUCAUCUCUUCCACCCUCGUGUCAAUCGGCUCAGACUUAUCAGAUCGCCCCCUGACAACCACCGACAAGAGUCUCAUCACCGCAAUCACCAGCCUCCUCGCGCUCAUCUCCGCUCCGUGGACGGGAUAUUUUGCUGAUAAAUAUGGUCGCCGCUCCGUCAUCUUCUUCCCGGCAAUCUUCUUCAUCGCUGGAGCCGUGAUCCAGGCCAUCUCGACCGAAGUAUGGGUUAUGGUAUGCGGGAGGGCGAUUGUGGGUGCUGCGGUGGGAGUCGCGAGUGGGGCGGUGCCGCUGUACAUCACGGAACUGGCGCCUGCUGAGAUGAGGGGCAGACUGGUGACGGUGCAGAGUCUCUUCAUCACGGGAGGCCAAGUGGUGGCGUAUCUGGUGGGAUGGAUACUUGCGGGUCUGCCGAACGGAUGGAGAUGGAUGGUUGGAGUGGCAGCUCUGCCGGCGAUCCUACAGUUGGGACUACUCGCGAGAAUGCCCGAGACACCGAGAUGGUUGGUGCAGAAAGGGAGAGAAGAAGCAGCGAGGGCGGUGUUGAUGAAGAUAUACACGGGACAAGACGAAGGAGACAGGCAAGAGACUGUCAGAAGCGUGCUCGCCAACGUACAAUCCGAAGUCACGGCCUCGGACAAAAUCCAUUCCAACGACGACGAAGAGUCCAGCAUCCUCAAGGAACUCCUCACAAUCCCAUCAAAUCGACGAGCCCUUAUCAUUGCAUGUAUGCUCCAAGGUCUCCAGCAACUCUGCGGAUUCGUAAGUCUCCUCCCCAUCCCACACCCCCGACGACCCUCCCCUGGCCGGGGGCCCCCCCGUGGCCCGCCCGCGCGCGGGGACGGCGCCGGCCCCCGCGGGGGCCGGGGGGGGGGGCGCGCGGGGGCGGGCGAUGUACUUCUCCGCCACCAUCUUCUCCCUCGUAGGCUUCACCUCCCCCAUCGGAACCUCCCUCUCCAUCGCGACCACAAACUUCCUCUUCACCGUCCUCGCAUUCACCAAAAUCGACACCAUCGGCCGCCGGAACAUCCUCCUCUACUCCAUCCCCUUCAUGGUCCUCGGCCUCGGCACAUGCAGUUUCGCAUUCCAACACAUACACAUGGGCAACAAUGAACCCUCAUCAUCACCCACCACCUCCACUCCCCAAACGACAACAUGGCCCACCAUCUGCCUCCUCCUCAGUCUCCUCCUCUACGUCUCCACCUACGCCCUCGGCCUCGGCUGCGUCCCCUGGCAGCAGAGCGAACUCUUCCCCCUCCGCGUGCGCUCCCUCGGCUCCAGCUUCGCCACCACAACCAACUGGUCGUCCAACUUCCUCAUCGGCAUCACCUUCCUGCCCAUGCUGGAGGUUUUCGGGCCGAGCUGGACGUUCGCCGCGUACGCUCUCGUCUGCUUCGUGGGGUGGUGGGCCGUGUGGGCGAUAUAUCCGGAAACGGCAGGGUUGGAGUUGGAAGAUGUGGGCGGGUUGUUUGAGAGCGGGUGGGGGGUAAGCGAGAGCGUGAGGAUGUUUCGGGAGAGGGGGCGGGCGAAGAUGGGGACGUGA